CGUGUCAAGUAAGGUAGAAAGGAACUCCGCCAUCUUGAGAGUCGAGGAUGCUGUUGUGAGACUUGUGAUUCCCCAGUCUCCGAUUGCCAGUUUUGUUCUCGUAUCAUGGCAUGGAAUGAGCUUCUAACAGUUGCAAAACUGAGUAAAUCAGUCUUUCGCCAUACCAUAGCGAACUCAAAGCACAGUGUUUUACCUUUCUCGAGUUUGCUUUUUCGAGCCUUCUCAACAAGCAUGGUAGCUGAAGGAAAGACACAGUAUUAUUUCAUCAGGCUACCACGAAGUAUGCCAAACAUUCCUGUACCAGCUUAUCUCAAGGAUGGAACCGUAAAACGUAACCACAAGAAGUCAGGAAGAGAUCCUGAAACUGGGCAUAUUUCUAUUCGGCAUAAGGGAGGAGGGCAUCCACAGACAUUCCGUAUUGUGGACUUUGUCAGAGCUCCUGUGUCACAAGAAAAUGAAGAACCUAAGCCAAUUCGAGACAAAGUCCUCCAUAUAGGCUAUGAUCCUUGCCGCUCUGGUCGAAUUGCACUGGUGGCAGGAGAUGGUAGCACUAAAAUGAAAAUCAUCUCUGCACCUCAUGAGAUGAAAGUCGGAGAUGUUGUUACAGCCUCCCGAGGGAAGCCCCAGUCUAUCGCAAGACUAAAACCUGGGGAUGCCUACCCACUUGCUCAUCUUCCAAUUGGUACAUUAGUGUACAAUGUUGAGCUUCAGCCAGGAAAUGGUGCCCAGCUUGUGCGUGCUGCUGGUACAUGCGCACAGAUUCUCAAUAAGACUGAGACUACAGCUAGGUUGCGACUUCCUUCAAAACAAGAGAAGGACAUUCCACUUGAUUGCCUGGCUACUCUAGGGAGAGUUUCUAAUAUCGAUCAUAAAAAUCGAGUCAUUGGUAAAGCAGGGAGAAAUCGAUGGCUCAAUAGGAAACCAAAAGGCCAGACUGGUAUAAAUCGUACUCUUUGGAAGAAGAAAAGGGUAUAACAGCUUAGAGUUACGUUAAAGUUGUAUCUUUUCUACCAAAGACAAUCAAAAAUAAAGAAGAACAAUGGAAAUACUA